AUGAGAAAUCACACAGCAAUAACAGUAUUCAUCUUGAGAGGACUGACAGAUGACCCACAUCUGCAGGUUUUGCUUUUUAUUUUUCUGUUUUUCAACUAUGUAUUGAGUCUAACUGGGAACCUGACCAUCAUCACCCUCACCUUGGUGGAUCCCCACCUGAAAACUCCCAUGUAUUUUUUUCUCCGAAACUUUUCCUUCUUAGAAGUCUCACUCACAACUUCUUGUAUUCCUAGAUACCUCUAUAGCCUGUCAACUGGAGAUAAAAUGAUUUCUUAUAAUGCCUGUGCCACACAGGUAUUUUUUGUUAUCUUUCUUGGGGCAGCAGAAUUCUUUCUUCUGGCCACCAUGUCUUAUGAUCGCUAUGUGGCCAUCUGUAAACCUCUCCAUUACACAACUAUCAUGAACAGCAAAGUCUCUAACCAGCUCCUGCUGAGUUCUUGGCUAGCUGGAUUGAUGAUCAUACUCCCACCUCUUGGCAUGGGUCUUGAGUUGGAAUUCUGUGACCCCAUUAUUGACCAUUUUUCCUGUGAUGCAUUCCCUAUGCUAGAGAUUUCAUGCACAGACACACAGUUGAUAGAGGGAGUGGUUUUAAUUGAUGCAAUAUUGACACUCAUCAUCACCUUAUUCUUAGUGGUUCUAUCUUAUGGCUCUAUACUCAGGACUAUUCUAAGAUUCCCCUCUGCCCAGCAAAGGAAAAAAGCUUUUUCCACUUGUUCCUCCCAUAUAAUUGUUGUCUCCAUCUCUUAUGGCAGUUGUAUCUUCAUGUAUGUCAAAUCUUCAGGAAAUGAACAAGUAGAUUUGAACAAAGUAGUUUCAGUUCUAAUGGGCUCUGUUGCCCCUGUGAUGAACCCCUUUAUUUAUGCCUUAAGAAACAAGCAAGUCAUACAAGCCUUUAAGAACUCAAUUAAAAAGAUUACAAUUUUCACAAAGCAAUAA